CCUUAACAUGAUUGAUGAAAGGCAUGGCAUUUCCUGCCAAAAUGACAUCAUAAAUGUAGAUAAGAGCAGCGACAAAAACACCAUCUUUCUGGUAGAUAAAAAAAGAAUGAUCAUCCAGAGACACACGGAAACCAAGUUCAUUAAGAGAAGCAGUAAGCUUGUGAUACCAAUUACGAGAUGCCUGCCGGAGACCGUUGAUGGACUUGUGGAGAUGACAAAUGUGAUUUCCCCCCUUUUUGGCAAAGCCAAGAGGAAUACACAUAUACACUUCUACAUCCAGAUCCCCGUGGAGAAAAGAAUUGUUAACAUCUAGCUGAUGAAUAAACCAACCGCGGUGGACAACCACGAUAAUUAAACAACGAACAAGAACAAGAACAAGUUUAGCCACUAUAGCAAACGUAUCAUGAUAAUCGACACCUUCAACCUGAGUUAUCCCUUAGCCAUUAACAUAGGCUUAUAAUGCUCGAUAGUACCAUCCGGAAAAUAUUUAAUCUUGAAAUCCCACUUUGAAUCAAUGGUAUGUCGAUCGAGUGGAGGGAUAACAAGACUCCACGUUCCAUUCUGAAUGAGAGCGGUGAUUUCCUUGAACAUAGCCUCACGCCAAUGCGCAUAUUGAACACCUUGGUUGAAAGUCUAAGGUUCAUCAUGGCUAGUGACAACAUCCAAAAAUGUCUGAUAUGCAGGGUAGCUCGAGAAUACGAGACAUGAGCUAAUAAAGGAUAAACGACGGUCUGGGCAGUAUUAACAGUCGUGUUAUUAUCUCCCAACUUGGGGCGAGUACCAACUCGAUCAUUACGACGAAGGGGAGCAAGCUAGUCAAGUGAAGGAGCCUCGAAAAUGUUGGGUUGCACUGGAGUCAAAGAGGAAGAAUUUGGGCCAGGUGAGACUGGCUUAGACGGUCCUGUGAGCAAGGUACCGCUCGAGACCGAGCUGGAUGACACGGGAUCUAGAACUGGGGAAGUAUUUUCGAGCCCAACUGAAGUAGAACUUGGAACAAUAGUGGAGAUUGGGCUGGAGCCGGGAGAGCUCGGGUCGUGGGGUGAUGCCCUCAAAACUAGGAGGGGAAUUGGCAAUGGCCGCUUUGGUUCUAAAAAGAAAAAAUUCUCUGGAGGCACUGUCACGGACAUAGACUUCUGAAGUCCGUGCGGCGUCUUGAGGUGCACUCAUUCCUCAAGACCAGCCUCUCUGCAUACGCAUGCCAACUGGUUUCGCCCUGCCUUGGGCUCAUCAGGGAGACGGCAAUAGCCUCCGACCAGUUGUGCCUUCUCUUGCAACGAUCCCUUUCAUAGCCAGAUCCUGACUCGGCCAGAUGCGAUGCACAGGCAAACAACGCAUUAUCGCUAAUGUCGCCCCCUUUACCCUUAUCAUGGCAAGACAACCAGAUGGCAGCGUUCUUCAGACGAUCAACACGGUCACGACAUUUCGGGUCGUGACAGCACCCAAUGAAGACUUUGUUGAUCC